AUGUUUUUAACUAGAUUACUACAAAAACAGCAAAUGAAUUUUAUGGCCAAGAUCAAAUUACCGCUUGGUACAGCCAUUAAUCGAGCAGUUAUCGACAAUAUUUUUGUUCUUUUUGCAUGUAUUUUGAACCGAAUACCAGUUAUUCUAUGUGGUAAACCUGGCUCAAGUAAAACAUUGGCUGUCAACAUUAUUCUAAGUAAUUUGAAAGGAAAAAGAUCCAAUCAAAAACUCUUUCACACAUUGCCAGAAUUGAUUCCUAGUUCAUAUCAAGGUUCACAAAACUGUACUUCAGAAAAUGUUAUAAAACUAUUUGAACGUGCUGAAAAAUACUUAGACAUUGAGAAUAAUACUGAUAUUUUACCGGUGAUUGUCUUUGAUGAAAUUGGUCUUGCUGAACUAUCUCCACAUAAUCCAUGGAAAGUGCUUCACAGUAAAUUGGAAACAGAAACAUGUAGAUAUGGCUUUGUUGGUAUAUCGAAUUGGUGUCUCGAUGCAGCUAAAAUGAAGUGUGCAUUAUAUUUAUCUUGUGAAGAUCCAAAUGUAGAUGAUUUACGAUUAACAGCAGAAACUAUAGCAUCUUCACUACUUGCAAAUUCUAAUCGAAUUAUGCCAAUUAAUAAUUCAAUAGUCAAAAAUCUUGCUGCUGCCUAUUUUGAUUUAUAUAAACAUAUUAAUGAACAACCUAAAUAUAAAAAUUAUUUUGGUCUACGUGACUUUUAUUCUUUGAUCAAAGGAGUUGUAAAUGAUUUAGUACAUGCAUCAACAGAACAAGAAUCGUAUACGUGUGUUCGACGACAAUUAGCAAUUCAUUUUUAUGGAAUUUUUGAUGGUUCACAAUUUUUAUGGAAAAAGUUUUGUAAAUAUGCUCAUCAAGAGUAUUUAAUCGAACACGAACAACGACCAACAUUUAAUCAAAUGAUUGAUCGAUCUCUUUCAUUGCAUAAUAGUCGAUAUUUAAUGUUAAUCGGAGAAAAUGAAAACAUAUUCAAUUAUGUCGAAUGA